AUGGAACGAAGGAGAAUCAUUUUCCGAAUAUUAGCAUGUGAUUGGGCCAUAUUCGACUUUUAAGUCAAUAAAAAUAAAAUACAUAGUCAAUAUCCGUAUAAUGGCCGAAAUGAUUAAUAAAGAAGUGUUUUUAUAUUGAUUUUGACUUACAAGGGCAUAUAUGGCUACUUGCUUAGCGUGAAUGAGAUAAAUGUGAGCGUUGCCUAGUCCGUAACCCCACAAGAUUACUAGAUCCCUCUGUAAGGAUUUGGGCUUCCUGUUUCAAAAUACUUGAUGCCGACUGAUUUCGACUCUAGCAAUGGCACAUUCACAUAUUACAUAUGAAACUCCUGAAGAUGACCUGAUUGAAUCCAUUAGAGCCUUAGGAAAAGAAGUACAACUUACAACGUUUAAAACCAACCAGCAAGACUGCAAACCGGAAACAAGAACGCUGGGGAUAGUGUUUGUUGGUGCAUGUAAUUUCUGGGAUAAAAUAGUGUAUAUUCGGCAUUACUUCAGAGAGAAACCAAGUGUUAGUGAUAGCAAUUGCAUUAUCGGUGUUGAGACGGUAGUAAAAGACGUUUAUUGGAAUCAAGAAGAUCUGACUGUUGAGUUAAACAAGCAAGAUUCUUCAGCCUGUGGAAGUAAACAAAGAUGCAAGGAUAACGAUGAACAAUGUAACAAUAACAAUUUAAAUGAUAAUGCAGGUAAAAUACCAGUUGAAAUGCAUUUAUCUGUCCUUGGUCAACAUCUACCUGAUCGAUUGGCUAGGGUAUAUUUAGAGCGCAGGGAAUCUAAAGUUGGAAUAAUCGGUGCCGUCGUCUUCUGCCCAGCGAGCAACACAACGCUGAGGUCAGCAGUCGAGUGGAAAAAUGUGRUAGAUGAAGCCUUGAGCCCAGCUAAGAAAAUACCUAUUAUUUUACUGAUAGAAAACAUCAAUUCGUCCGUGCAGUGGAUUGGAGAAGGAAACUAUGUGGAGGACGAAGAAGCCAUGAAACACUUUUGUUGUGAGAACGGUUUUGUGAACUGGUUCGAAAUUCUCAAGAGUGAUUGGAAAUUUGGAGAGAAAAAUGUGGUUGGUCGUGCAGUGGAUGCUAUUUUGCUGAAACUUGAACAACGAAGAAAAUGAGUCGAACAACGAAGAAAAUGAGGGGCCUCAUCAGCGAUUCCAUACAUAUACAAUGCGAAACGCAAUCUAGACCCACAUUUGACAUUUAUGUAUGAGUCAAACCCCGGGCAUUUGACUCGACUUUACCUCCGUACAGUGGGGAAUUUGACUCUGUUAGGAGCAGACGGGCGGGCAUUUGACGAGUAGGCGACCAUCUUGGAAAUUAUCGAUUCAGAUGCGAAACCGCWAUUUCGUGACACAAUACGAACUUUUAAGCUUAAGUUAAAAAUAAAAAUAUCUCGGGAACCUAAGCAUUUUAAUAAUAAUAAUACGUAUUAUUUAUAUAGUGCCGAUAUCCUUACAGUUCAAAGGCGCUUCACAUGAUCACGGAUCGCUAUUAGCAGCCACGAGGCUUACAAUCAUUUUUGGGAACAUUCUCGAUCUUUUGUACUUUCACGAUGAGAAAUACAAAAAGCAGCAAAAACACUCCAAAACUAGCGUAAAAAACCUGACUUAUGGGGCGGGCAUUUGACCACUCAUUUGCUUUUACUAGUGGGCAUUUKACUGUCAAUUUUGCCCAUAUGGUGGGGAAUUUGACCAAUUUUUUUCCAAAAAGUCAAAUGCCCGGGGGUUCGCCCCGGGGAGGGGGG